GUCUCCAUCAUCAUCAACACCAUUGCGCCGUCGCAAAAUGUCAGAAUACUGGAAGUCGACACCGAAAUACUGGUGCAAGCACUGCUCCACCUACGUACGCGAUACCAAGCUUGAGCGACAGAACCAUGAGGCUACCGGAAAGCACCAGGGCGCUCUGAAACGCUUCCUGCGCGACCUGCACCGCGGCCACGAGCGAGAAGAACGAGAGAAGGAAUUUGCACGUCGAGAAGUCGCGAGAGUCAAUGGCGUCGUCGCGGGAUCUUCAGAACCGGGGUCCUCGGGGCCCUCUGCACCCCCCUCCGGCGGCAUGCAGCGCGACAGGCCAAGUGCACCCUCCGAGUCGCAACUGAAGCGACAGCGAGAGCAGCUGGCCGAGAUGGGCGUGGCGAUGCCGACCGAAUUUCAACCCGAGAUGGCGAUGCCGGGCCAAUGGACUGUUACGAAAACGCGAGUCAUCGAGACUACGAAAGAAGAGAAUGGGGAUGGGAAGCUGGAGUCUAGGGCAAACGGUGUUAGAAAACGCGAGGCUACUGAGGAUGAGAAGGAGGAGGAGGACGCUGUCCAGGCGCUGUUCAAGAAACCACGGCGAUGGGGCAGGGACUCGAAGGCGAUGCCUCAAGAAGAAGACAAGGAGCUGGAUGCGUUGCUGAGCGGGUCGACAUUCCAACCCGCGCAGGUCGACAAGCGGGAGGACGUCAAAGAAGAGGCCACACCGGACGACAAGACCAACGUUAAAGUGGAAGAUGACGGCGCAACCGAGGAAGCGCGGGAUAGCACUGCUGUCAAGGGUGAGGCGUCCGAGCAAGCGCCUCCGAUCAAGCCCGAGGCGGAUGCUGGCGAGUCGGGAAUCGCUCCCGUGGUCUUUAAGAAGCGAAAGCCAAAGGGCAUCCGCCAGAAGUGAGCAUGGAGGCUUGACGCCACUGCAUGAUACGAGAUGCAGCUGCACUUAUCAAUGGCACUCUGACACGAUUCCACCUACACG